AUGGAGAAGUUCAAGGCUGCCAUGCUGCUGGGGGCGGUGGGGGACGCUCUCGGGCACAGAAACGCCCGCAAGGACAGCAGCGCUUCCGGAAGGAAGGUCCAGGAGGAGCCGCGGGCGAGCGGGGGCCAGGACCAGCUGGUGCCGUCCCGGGAGAGGUGGCCGGUGAGUGACAACACCAUCAUGCACCUGACGACGGCCGCGGCCCUGACCACAGACUACUGGUGCCUGGAUGACCUUUACCGAGAGAUGGUGAGGCGCUACGUGGAAGUCCUUGAGAAGCUUCCAGAACAUUGGGCUGACCCAGCUACCCUGGAAGGCUGCUCACAGCUGAAGCCGGAUAACUAUCUCCUCGCCUGGCACACGCCUUUCAACGAGAAGGGCUCAGGGUUUGGAGCUGCCACCAAAGCCAUGUGCAUCGGCAUGCGGUACUGGAAGCCGGAGCGCCUGGAGACCCUUGUGGAAGUGAGCAUCGAGUGCGGCAGGAUGACGCACAACCACCCCACAGGCUUCCUCGGGUCCCUGUGCACGGCUCUGUUUGCGUCUUACGCUGCGCAAGGAAAGCCACUGGAGCAGUGGGGCAGAGACAUGAUGCAGACGGUCCCACUGGCAGAGGAGUAUUGUAAGAAGACCAUCCGGCACCUGGCAGAAUACCAGGAGCACUGGUUUUACUUUGAGGCAAAAUGGCAGUUUUACUUGGAGGAGAGAAAAAUCAGCGAAGAUACGGGAAGUAAAGCCACCUUCCCUGACCGCUACGACGCGGAGGAGAGAGAAAAGGCUUACCGGAAAUGGAGCUCUGAAGGCCGAGGGGGCCGGCGGGGCCAUGAUGCCCCCAUGAUUGCCUACGACGCUCUCUUAGGAGCUGGGGACAACUGGACAGAGCUCUGCCAGCGGGCCAUGUGUCAUGGAGGCGAGAGCGGGGCCACAGGGACUAUCGCGGGCUGCCUGUUCGGGCUGCUGCACGGCCUGGACGCGGUUCCCACGGGCCUAUACCAGGACCUGGAGCACAAGGAGGAGCUGGCACGCCUGGGCGAAGCCCUUUACCGCCUGUCCACUCAGGAGAAGUAAAGCUCUCCCGCCAUGUCCCUUCAGGGAGCCGCGUCCAGCUCUGGGCGCCCCGGGGUCCAUGUGCUGGCCACGGCCCUCCUGAGCGUGCGACACGCCUGAUCGGCCAUAAUCACACUCUUAACUCUUUCCUCCUGAUUUCAGAGCCCUAACUGCCGAACGAAAUGCCCUGUUUGUCCUUCGAGAAUGUUUGUCCUUCCCUAACCCAGACCCAGAGCCUCUUGCGGGGUCUGCUACCCACAAGCCUCCACACACAGUGGCACAAACAGUCUCCGGGACAAUCAGCGUGCUUCACUCUGUGCAAAACUAAUGCUGCUCGCUCACUCACGCCCACACAACUAACCACGACAGCUGUGCUCGGACGCGUGACCCGGCGGCCACCUUGAGGGCAGGGCCGCCGGCACCGGGCCUUGUGAAGCAGCGAGAGAGAGCACGGCACUUCGCCGCAUGGCCAACGGUUUUUAAUCACACUAGAUCUUUAAAACCAAACCCUUCUGGAACAAGUGACAGAAAACCAGGAAAUAAAGGGCUCUUGUGUGACACCCGCAUCUUCUGUGUGGUCUGAGCCAGGUCCCGGGGGCAGGGGAGCCCCCCCAGACUCGCUGCUGAGGGCUCGGGGCCGUCUCUGUCUGUGAGUCUUGGAUAAGAGAGCACGCUCUAGUUAAAAAUAACCUUGGACACGGUCCUUUCCAAGGAGCAUCUGGUGUGAAUAAAAGAGCAGUUGGUAUUUCGUGUUUAACACAGCGCUUUGGCGGCUAGGCUGGGGCCGGCCCCCGGCGGCAGCGCUGUUUCCACGGAAGGCUGCCUCUGAGCAGGCCGGUGGACCCCGGAGCCCCCGGGCUCACUCCCUCGCUUCUCAGGUCUGCACGAAGGCCUCCAGUGGGCGGCUCACAAGGAGGCCUUCCUGAAUAACAACUAACCUUUGCUGCUGCUGGUGCUUUUCAGCGGGAAGAGCCAGACACAGGGCGGCCCCGGCUGGGGGGUGGGGGCGUGGACCAGCCCACUCCCGCAGGAGCCCAGGCCCCGCAGAAGUAGGUGGGUGCUGUCCCAGGCCAGGGCCACGGCCGGGCCCCAAGAGGGCUCCUUGGUCUCCGUUAGGAGGAAUCCAUCCUGGAGAAUCAGGAAAUGGGUCUGCUUACUGGUGGAUUAUAAAACAUAAACAGUCACAGGAAGCACUGGACUGUCUCCACCUCACUGUCCUGCUGUAGAGAAACACAAGCACUGACAGAAACAGAACCGUGACAAGUGA